UGAUGCGAAGGUGGGGUGGGAGGAUCCUGUCUAAAAAUAGAGGAUUGUGAAAGCCGGUCUAGUGCGUGUCGUUGGUAACAAUUACCAGAAUACGGUGGGACUGCAACUCAGCGCUCGCCCCUCCAGUGGGUCCACAGCCAUUAGACGUGUAGAAGGUCCCCAUCCAAAGUUAAACCACAGUUCUUACCUCAAGUAAGGCCUUUCAACCGAGGAGUUCGGGCACUCUUCAGAAAUCUUAUUUCACCUAGAAGACUUGUUGAUCAAACUGUGCUUAAAUUAUUUGCCUAAUACAAUUUGGAGGAGAGAUUAGUAAAGAGAUAAAUAUCCCUUUUAACCUUUGAUGGACUGAAAGUAAUUCAGAAAACUUUAAAAAAGAGGAGGUGUGUAGCCAGCCUCUGAAGAAACAUGCGUCGUGGGGGUCCUGAAGGUUUGCGGUUGGGCGUGGGCCUGCCCUGCACCAGCUCCGGGGACGAGAGUAGAAAUGGAGCCAAAGUCUAGUGCGACCGCGGGGCUCUGUGCUAGCGUGGACGAGUCACCACCUGAGUGUCACAGCCGGUCCUGUACAUCUUGAGGAUCGUCCCUGUUUAGGUCAGGAAGAAACCAAGUUUUCACGCAGGCUCUAUGCUAAAAGUGUUAUUUCAACCCACUGCAAUUUUGUGGGUAGGGUGCUGUUUUUAAUCCCCAUUUUAGAGAAAACCGAGGCUUAGCGAGCAGGGGAAGCCUGCCGGAGAGCCAGGGAGAGAAGGAUGCAAACCCAGUGUGUCUGUGCCCUGGUCAGAGCCUUCAGCCUGUUGCAAGUGUGAAUAUCCCACUGCCCCUUGUGUCUUGUUUUGUGGCUCCCUCAUUUUCCAUUGUGAGUUCAACCCCAGGAAAAUAUGAGACGCUGUAUUCCUGUGUUUCUCCCUUCCAUCUGCCUCCCAAUUAAGUAACCUUCUAGAGAAGCUUGGGAUGUCAAAAAACACCGGCUCAGAUUCAGUCCAACUGACUAGGUCCAUCUGUGUAAAAUAAUUUGAUAAUUAAUGUUGCAGUCAGUUAAUGGAAACCACAGUAAAUGGCAGACCACACCAACCCUCCUUCUUCCCCUUUGAGGUUUAAUUUUUCUUGUUAGUAUCACUAUCUAACUUCUAAAAAGAAAUCUACUUUUUAAUUUUGCUUUUUGACCGUCAACCCCAAUUGUUCACUAUUCCCCACAGUCAUUUGCAAGUAGUCCUGGAAGCUGCCUUCUAAGUACAUGCCAGACUGGCUGCCUCUUGCCUCCCCCAUUGCUGUAAUCCUAGUCAGGGGAAGAUCUGACAAAUGGUGGUGCCAUUAACCAAGAUGGGGAAGUCUAGGGAGAAAGCAGCAUCAGAGUUAAAUCAAGAAUUCUUUUGAGUUAGAUAUCCUAUUAGACAUCCAAGUGGAGUUGUUGAGUAGUUCAUUGUAUCUAUGAAUGGAGCCUCAGUCCAGGACUGGAGUCAUCAACAUGUAAGACUGGGGUAUUUAAAGUCAUAGGAAGAUAUGUGGUCAUCAAGGAGUGAGUGAUGAGGAAUGAGGAGCAGGCCCUGGGCACUCCUCCGUUUAGAGCGUGUGGAGAGGAGGAGGAGUCAAAGAGGAGGCUGACAAGGGGCGGCCAAUGAGACAGGAAGAAAACCCGGAGAGGCGUGGCGUCUGACAGUGGUUCAGGAAGGAGGGCGGCCUUGAAUGGCCCAGUGCUGCUGGGAGGUCGGCUGAGUUCAACGCUGAGAAACGGUUUGCUCAGAUGGGGACUUGUCGGUGACAUUCACAAGAGCCAUUCUGAUGGAACGCUGAGGAUGAAAGCCUGAUGGGAGUGGGUCGUGGGAGACUGGAAGAAGAUGAGAAGGAGGCAGGGCGUGUGACAACUCUUUGGUGAAGUUUUACUAGAAAAGAGAGCAGAGCUGUGGAGCUGUAAUUGAGGGGGGAUGUGGGGCAAGGAAGGUUGUGCGUGUUUAUUGUAAGAUUAGAGAUACUAAAGCAUGUUUGUUUGCUGAGGGAUUGAUCCAGAAGAGAGGGAAAUUUUGAUGAUAGAACAAUAGAACAAUGAUGGAACAAUAUGUUAAGAAACAAAAUCCUUGGCUGAGCAGGUGAAAGGGGACAGGAUACAGAGUCCAAAGGAGCAGAAGUGAGAGGAGCAGCGACGAAUGCUGGGUGGUGAUUGCACUGAAGCAACUGCCAAACCAAAGAGAAGUUUCUAUGCUGCCAGGGAUUUGUACAAAUACCGACACCAGUACCCAGUAAGACAGAACUUCAAGGAUAUCCGAUAUCAAAAUGACUUGAGCAAUCUUCGUUUUUACAAGAAUAAAAUUCCAUUUAAGCCAGAUGGUGUUCACAUUGAAGAAGUUCUGAGCAAGUGGAAGGGAGACUACGAGAGGCUGGAACACAACCACACCUACAUCCAAUGGCUUUUCCCCCUGAGAGAACAAGGCUUGAACUUUUAUGCUAAAGAGCUAACUACAUAUGAAAUUGAGGAAUUCAAAAAAACAAAAGAAGCAAUUAGAAGAUUCCUCCUGGCUUAUAAAAUGAUGUUAGAAUUUUUUGGAAUGAAACUGACUGAUAAAACUGGAAACGUUGCUCGGGCUGCUAACUGGCAGGAGAGGUUUCAGCAUCUGAAUGAGUCCCAGCACAACUAUUUAAGAAUCACCCGUAUUCUUAAAAGCCUUGGUGAGCUUGGAUAUGAAAGUUUUAAAUCUCCUCUUGUAAAAUUUAUUCUUCAGGAGGCACUUGUGGAAAAUACUAUUCCCAAUAUUAAGCAGAGUGCUCUGGAGUAUUUUGUUUAUACCAUCAGAGACAGAAGAGAAAGGAGGAAGCUCCUGCGGUUCGCCCAGAAGCAUUACAGGCCUUCGGAGAAUUUUAUCUGGGGACCACCCAGGAAGGAGCCCUUGGAGGGAGGCAAAGCCCAGAAACCGGCCGCCCCUCCCGCCUCCGGUCAGAACAGCCAGACCCCUGUGCACAAGAAAUCCAAGGACUCCAGAAAUUCCUCCUCAGCUGUUCAAGUCAAUAGCAAAAUAGCCGAGGAAAGAAAGGUGGCACCUCCAGAGCCUGGAGACGAGACAGACGGGCCCGGCUCAGAGCCCGGCGGUGGGGACGCCCAGCCAGGAAACACAGAGAAGGAUGAGAACCCUGAGAACUCAAGUUCUCCACCAGAAAAAACAGUUAACAAACCUGCAGAGGAGAAGGAGAGUGCAUCUCCCGCCGAAAAAGAUUCAGAAGGUGAAAAUGAUAGCACAGAUUGUGAAAAUCCUGGAAAUACAGGUUCCUGUGAUGCGGUAGCCUUACAGUGAAUUGUCAGAAAACCCACACACCAGUUUAGGUAAGGGAGGAAAAAACUAUGAACAGUUUAUCCUGAGGAACAGAGAUGAGGUCACGUUUCAAGUUUCAGCCAUCUCUCUGUGAUUUCUGUUGUAAGCAUUUUGUUGUUAUUUGCUUUUAUUUUGAUGACAAUUUAAUAUUUAAUAUGAAGUUUUAAGACAAGACCCAAUGAAUGAAUGUACUCUGUAACGCUUUUGGGAUGUGAGUUUUUAAAUUCUGUACACAAUAAUGAUUUUGAAUGUAUCUGGAAAUGAUCGUGUAGUAUUUGAUAUAUCCAAUUCUUCUGAGAGAUUACAGUCCACGUAAAGACGGUCAAGAGGAUAAUUGCAUUGUGUGGCCACACUGUUACCCGAUUUAUGGAUUAAUUUUUUUAAGUUGGAAGAAAGAAUUUGGUCUUCUCAAAUGUAUUCAGAAAGUAAUGUUUGUUUCAUCACAACCCCUCAGCAUGUUUGUUUUUAAAUUCUGACGAGAUGAUGUUCUUGGGGAGCUGAGAUCUCCCCAGCCUGUCUGCCAGCCACUGACUUUUCCUCUUUCCCUCUCCGCACGUGCCCUCCUUCUGCCGUCUUUGUUAGCUGGCACGUGCAUUUCUAGUGUCCAUGUGGAUCAUCUCCUGUAUUGAAAUUUAAAUGGAAUGGAGGUGGAUUUUCAACUGCAUGAUUUUAAGAGUUUGCUUUGUCUAAAAUGAUAAAAAUGUUUUUUCUAUAUUAAGUGCUUAAAAACAAAUUUUGAUGCAAAAGUCCAAGAGAAGACUUUUGCUUUCUGUGGCUGUUCUAUAUAAAUUUGGUGCUUGUUUCUGAAUGCAAAUGACCAUGAAGAAUUAAAACAUAAGAAAGGA